GCUGGUCGUGCAUCCGCUGGCACUGCACACUUCGCGGAUGCUCGGUUUCCGCCAACCAGGGUCGCCGCGUUGUCCUACAGCCUGGGAGAGACUCGAAGGUGCGGCGACCAGAGAGGCAUGUGACCCACACCUCUGCUCCGCCGCACGCAGCUCGGCUCGGAGGGCGCGCAGGCAGGGAGAGAUGGUGGUCUGAAAGGCCGCGCUCCGGUCCCCAAACUGCAGAAGCAAAAGGGCGUCGCGCCCUGCGGUAGCCAAUGAGUCAGGCUGGAACCCCUCCGCGCCGGGCGUGUGGAUACCUUGACACAAAGGACAUCUAACUGCCGGGGACAGCGGACACUUUGGCGGCGCCUUCCCCUUUAUUUCUCGAGAGGACCCGAGUUCCAGUACCAGCACCCACAAGGCAGCUGACAACCACCUGUAGUACUGAGCUAGCCAACACAUCACCUCGUACUGUCCCCAGUGGGUCUCAAGAAUCUAUACUUGCUGCUCUCUGCUUUUAAAGACACUAAGAGUGGAAAAGGUUCGGACUGAUUUUUUGACUGCAGACACCUGAAUAUGAUGCAUUUCAAAAGUGGCCUUGAGUUAACGGAGUUGCAGAACAUGACGGUGCCCGAAGACGACAACAUCAGCAACGAGUCUAAUGACUUCACUGAAGUAGAGAAUGGCCAGAUAAAUAGCAAGUUCAUCUCUGACCGUGAAAGCAGAAGAAGUCUCACCAACAGUCAUUUGGAGAAAAGGAAAUGUGAUGAAUAUAUUCCAGGAACGACCUCCCUGAGCAUGUCCGUCUUUAACCUGAGCAACGCCAUUAUGGGCAGUGGGAUUUUGGGACUCGCCUUUGCCCUGGCCAACACUGGAAUCCUCCUUUUCCUGGUACUUCUGACAUCGGUGACAUUGCUGUCUAUAUACUCAAUAAACCUACUAUUGAUCUGUUCCAAGGAAACAGGAUGCAUGGUUUAUGAAAAGCUGGGAGAACAAGUCUUUGGCACCACGGGGAAGCUGUUGAUUUUUGGAGCCACCUCUCUACAGAACACUGGCGCGAUGCUGAGCUACCUCUUCAUAGUAAAAAACGAACUUCCUUCUGCCAUAAAAUUCCUCAUGGGAAAGGAGGAGGCAUUUUCUGCCUGGUACGUCGAUGGCCGCGUCCUGGUCGUGUUGGUUACCUUCGGCAUAAUUCUCCCGCUGUGUCUCUUGAAGAACCUGGGGUACCUUGGCUACACUAGUGGAUUUUCCUUGAGCUGCAUGGUUUUUUUCCUAAUAGUGGUUAUCUACAAGAAAUUUCAAAUCUCAUGCAUGAGUAUAGAACAAAACUCAACAAUAAGUGCCAAUGUCACUGACAUGUGUACGCCAAAAUACAUUACCUUCAACUCAAAGACGGUGUAUGCUUUACCAACCAUUGCAUUUGCGUUUGUCUGCCACCCAUCUGUCCUGCCAAUCUACAGCGAGCUCAAAGACCGAUCACAGAAAAAAAUGCAGAUGGUUUCCAAUAUUUCCUUCUUCGCCAUGUUUGUCAUGUACUUCCUGACUGCCAUCUUUGGGUACUUGACAUUUUAUGAAAAGGUGCAGUCAGACCUCCUUCACAAGUACCAGAGCCAGAAUGACAUCCUCAUCCUGACUGUGCAGCUGGCUGUCAUCAUGGCUGUCAUCCUCACCGUGCCGGUGUUAUUCUUCACGGUGCGCUCGUCGCUAUUUGAGCUGGCCAAGAAGACCAAGUUCCACUUGUGCCGCCACGUCGUGGUGACCGUCAUACUCUUGGUGAUUAUCAACUUGUUGGUGAUCUUUAUUCCCUCCAUGAAGGACAUUUUUGGAGUCGCAGGAGUGACGUCUGCUAACAUGCUCAUUUUCAUUCUUCCUUCGUCUCUGUAUUUAAAAAUCACAAACCAGGAUGGAGACAAAGGCACUCAAAGAAUUUGGGCGGCCCUCUUCUUGGCGCUGGGGGUGCUCUUCUCCUUGAUCAGCAUCCCGCUGGUCAUCUACGACUGGGCUUGCUCAUCCAGCAACGAUGAAGGCCACUGAGACCAGCAAGGAAAGCCAGCACCUGCUCCUGCCCAUCCGGUCACCCCUCUUCAGCGGUCCUUCUUCACUUCUUUUGCAAGUUUACAGACAGACAGACAGAGAUGCACACGACAACACUCGGGUUGCGACACAGAGACCUGCUUCUAGAAUGGCUCGUGUCCUCCCGGGAUCUCCACUUAGGAAUUGUGGGUUUUAUCCAGAUUUCACGCAGUCAUCUUCCCUCUCCGCCAUUAUGUUCUGUUGCUUCUUGUCUGUCUCUUAGAACUGUGAAAACACAAUCAUCAGGUGUAUUCAUUUGUUAGAUACCCAGGUUCUAAAGUCAUUUUCCUACUGGCAUCCCCGCUUAUGCUAUCUGUAUCUUUUUAGAAGAGAAAAUAAUCUUGAAUUGUAUAUAUUUAUUUUGCUUUACAGAAAAAAAAAGGUUUCAGGAAAAAAAAAGGUUUCAUAAAUACUUUGCCUAUUUUGGUUAACACAGCACACAGGGGUAUUCCUUUGAGAGACAGGUUGGUACCACUGCUGCUUCUGAGCAUGCCCAGUAUUUGAGGCAGCUCUGAUCUCCCAGUGUGGGCUGUCCUAGACCUGCUGGUACUCCAUCCUGCUCCCACAUGGAGCUAUUCCCUGGGAGUGUCUUUGGCUGGGAAGGGAUGGACAUGGCACUUGUGGAAAUAUAUUCGAAUGCACAUUUGGGAGAGCUCACAAAUUCAGCUUUGUUUCCCCUCUUGGCAUCUGGUGUCACAGUUACUCUAGACUGAGUCACCUGCUUGGGGUCCCGUGGCUCCCACAGUGAUGAAUGAGACUGUCCAAGAUGCCUAAGAAAAUACUCCUGAUGCAGACAGCCUUCAGUCUACAUCCUUAUUGUUGACGGGGGAGACGGUUUGUUUGUCUGUAAGCCUGGCAGCAUUUAGUCUUGUCCACCAGCUUUUUGCAACAGAGAAUAAUAUGUACCUAAGGAUGACCUGCGAUAGGUCAUCCUCUUUUAUAUCAGGUACUUUACUUUAGGGGAGUCUUUAAAAGACUUGUUUUAUAUCUAUAAAUCUAGGUUGUUACAGAUAUAAGAUUUUUGUAUCUUAAAUAAGCCUCAUUUCUAUUCUCCAUUAACACUCCAUCCAAUCUUGAAAGAAAACCUUCUGAGAUAGUCUUUGUGGAGAACUUCUCAAGUCACUGUGUCCCCUCUUGCCCCAGCUGGGCACGACAAGAGGCCCUUCCCUGUCUGUGUUUCUUGCUUUUAUCCCUUUACUGCCUGUGCCAUGUGACCCACACAGGGGGAGAGCCACCUAUACUCUCUCCCUAGCCCCUCCCAAAGAGAGCAGAGAAAAAUGACGGGGUGACUGAAAACCACAAUAGCUCUGGACACGGCAGCUAGGAAACCCAGAGCAGCAUGUCCUGCUGGUGGGGUACUGUGGCUGCCCAUAGCUUGGCUACAGGAAGCGCACAUGCUGUGUGACCACUCUCUGCAAACAGGGCUUGUAUUGCAGCCAGAUGCACUCUGGUUGAAUUCUCAGAUACAAAAAGCUCACUGAGUGCAGAUUUCCUACCUGGAGACAGGUAGGAUCUAGCAGAGAGAGUUGGCAGAAGGCCCAGACACUCAGCUGUAGACACUGUUCCCACUGACUGAAGUCCCCAGAGCUCUUCAGGAAUCUCAUGAGAGUCACACAGAUAAGGUAGGCAUCAAAGUGCCUGCCACCAUCCUCUUGGGGAAGAAGGUAAAGCUACUUCCUGUAUUACAUUAUCACCUUGGUACAGUGCUUCAGGGUUCUGUCCACCCUGAGUUCGGGCAAAUGAACACCAGGGCCUAGGCAGGGAAAGGGGAAAACCCACAGCUGCCUCUGUCCUUUUCAGAAAUUCUUUCCAUGUCACAGAGAACAGCAGAAAACUUGUCAAGCUUUGUAGCUUGUUCGGCACUGUUUAAAGAAUACGUUGAUUCAGUUUGCAAGCUAUACUACUCUCUGUUUUCCCUCAUUAUCCUGUAACCAUUCAUUAAUUUUUACAUUCACGAAGUGAAUUCAAAAACUAUCACUAACUCUGGGAUGUGUUGUGAUUUUGGAUCUCUGGAUUUUAUGUAUUAGUAAAACUAAUGUAUUAUUUACAGUAUAUUUAUCUGCAGGAAGCACAUUGUUGUUGAUGUCUGUGAUAAGAGUUUAUUUUUAAAGCUCUUUUAUAUAUGUACCUGAGUUUGUUUGAAUGUAAGACCUUAGUGUCAUGUGUCAGGUACCUCAGAUUAAUUCCCUGGUUUCUGUGGUGUUCCUGUAUACUGCUCCUACUCUUGUUCAGAAUAAUGAACUGGUAGCCAAAACUUACCUGUAUCACAGAUGUUCAGUAGAAUUCAACAGCACAGUCAAAUGCAAUAGACAUUUUCCUGCUAAAUUAGUAGACUGGGUAGUAGUAGGCCUUAGUCAUGGGAAGCAGUGUUUUCCUGUGGCACAUAGGAUCUCCACACUGUUGGCCAGGGCCAGUUUCAUACUUGGGGUUUAGACCUGUUCUCUGGCUACUAGAACACAGAAUAGUGUAGAUUCCUAGCUUAGUGUUGCUGGUUAGAAGUAGGGUUAACCAAGUGUGUGCAGGAAGAAAACCCAUCUUUUAGGCAUGGCCAGGCAGUCCCCGAGUCACAGGGAGAACCUGCUCCAAAGCUUUGUAACCUGGGAUGAAUUUUAUGUAAUAUGUGAAGAUUGGGCCCCCAAAGCAGACUGCCAACCCCACAGUUGCUCUGAAACAGAAUAGUGUACCAGGACUGCAGAAGAACCAAGUCCCCAGAUAGAAUGGAAGCAUGGUGGUGGGGUGGCGGGUGUCAGAUCAGAGUCACUAAGAGUAAGCUACUGCCUGUUGUUGUGGAAUCCAGUCUGUUCAUCAUCACCUGGGCUCCUGCCGCUUCAGAGGAACUAAGUUCAGAAACCUGCUGGUAGGUGAUGGAGACGGAAGAGGAAUCCCUUAGCUACCACCUCUUGUUUUCUCUUAAAUCUGUCAAGUUUGACCUGGCACUUCCUGUUCUGUGGCCCUUCCCUGCUAGUGUUCACCUCCUCGCCACUGAUGUCAUAACUCCUCCCAGGUGCCAGCUUGGAGACCGGCACACAGCACUUUUAAUGUCUUCUGUUUCAACCAUGGUUUAACUGCUCCGUCAUCAGAUGAAAAGUACAAAAGAGGUCUCCAUCUUGUAUGUUUAUGGACCAUAUUGAGAAGCCUAAGAGCGCCAUUGGGUUGGGUUGCAGAGGACCAAGGUCUGCGGUAAGAUGCCUCAGUGUUUCAGAGGAUGCGUCCAACGGUUAUGCCAAGAAUUCUGCAGUUGAACUUAGGCCCCCAAGCUGGUGUCUCUCAAAUUGUGGCCCCCAGGCCAGCAGCAUGGACCUCAUUUGCAAACUCAGAAUACAAAUCCUCAUCGCCGCCAGACUGUGGACAAAGCAAACUGUUCUCUGCAAAUCUCAGGUCUAGACUUCUAGUGAUUCAGAGGCGUCGAGCUUGGGAACCAGUCAGGUAGACCUCAGAAGGAAGUUCCUGGGGUGAGGGAUUGGAGCCAGGACUCAAAGGGUAGAAAAGGACCCCAGCCAGCGUCUGUGCAGAUGCAGGAGACAUCUAGUGCUGGGCUCCUACCUGUGUUCCCACCUGCUGGAAACGCAAUGCAUGGGCAUGAGUGAAACUCGGGGGUGCCUGCGCUUUAUGGAAAAUGGCCUAGGGCACUAACAUAUUUCCUUACAGCUGUGGAGACAUCAAGUUGAGGCUUUACAAAAAUGUAGGUAAAUUAAAAUGUCUUUGUAAAUGCAACUCUAAGAGCACUGUUGAGUUUUCAGGGCUCAGUUCUCCAAGAGGACUGUGUUUAUGGUUAGGCAGAGCUAGGUGGGAGGGCCCUGGUGAAGUUCAGUCUUGGCAUUGUAAAAUGUAAAACACCAACGCAGAGAGUGUUCUAGAGAAAGUCCGCAGACUGGAGAGGUGGCUCAACAGUUAAGAGCACCGACUGGCUGCUCUUCCAGAGGUCCUGAGUUCAAUUCCCAGCAACCACAUGGGGGCUCACAACCAUUUGUAAUGAGAAAGUCCGCACUGCUGAGGGGAGCUGCAAGGGGCCGUGAAGGGAGAGCAGAGCCCAGCCUGUCUCAGUGAGGCACAGUGUGAGGCCAGGGAGGGUGGUGUAUGCCUUAGAGCAGCCCCCAUUCAUCCCUUUAGAAAGGAGGUAGGCUUUAGGAACUGCAUUGCCUAUUCAGGGGAACCUCUGGGCACUGGGGAAAAGAAGUCACGCUGUCACCUAGUGGUAUUAAACCAGCGGUUUCCUCUCAGGAUGGCAGAGCUGAGACUCCUUCUGCAGUGGAGCAUACUCCUAAAAUACAGUGAGUUGUUGUAGUAAUAAAAGACUUGGGGGUUGUGGGUGAUAACUGAAGAUGAUGCUGAAUCUGAAGGAUGUGGGUUCUUGGAUAAGGCAAAAUCCGCAUGGAUGCAGAUGUCUUUCUUAGGGUUUCCCUGAGGAAGAGCCAAAAAGCACUGGGCCUAUCUGUACACAGGCUUGAAGAAUCUAUGCAUAUGAGACUCCCUUUAGGAAUCUUCAUUUGUAUGUAAAUAUGUUGUAAAUACAUAGGAGGCUGUAUAUUUUUGCAGUUGUUGAUCCACACAGAAAUAGAGGCCACUAGUAUCUGCGUAUAAGACAUACAUUCUCAUAGGUGUUAGUGGUUUUGUUUGGGAAUUUUAGAAGGAUUUUAACCUUCUCUCCCAUAGUUCUGUCAAUAUAAACCUGGAGCCUAAAAUCUUAAUUGAUUGGAAAAAGGAAAUGCUGAGAAAUAACUGCUUUGAUUUCUUAUUAUGGUCUGUUAUAAGGACGGUUUAGAAGAAAAUCAUUGUCAUAGAAACAGACAUGCCCCAAACGAGAAGUUGUUCCUUCACAGUUCAUAUUGAUGCUACCACAUAGAAGUUAAGAAAUCAGAAGUUAGGGAGGGUUUUUUGAUUUUUUUUUUUCCAAAAUGGAACUAUCUUUUCCCAGACUUUGGGAUCCUUCAGGGGAGGGCUGAAUUUUAUGAGCACAGGUUUGAAGGAAAACAUCUUGUUAUUUAAGCUUUGGAAGGUCUUGCAUGUUUGCCUCUUAGUGUUGAUGCCAACAUAGACUGUCUUGUCUGACCCCUACCACCACCACCCAACACUUGAAACUUAACCAUUGGUACAUAAUGCUGUCUCUAGAGUCCAGUGUGUCUUAGACUCCCUCUGACAUGUAGCGCACCACUGUUUUUAUUAAUGUAAAAACCUUGUAAAUGGUUUCUGGUGGGCAUCCAAAGUGAGUCACAAGUCACAAAACUUUGCUGUUCACUGUCCAUCACAUAAAGUUGGGUUGUUGUUUCGGUUUUGUUUUGUUGUUUUUUUUCUUCUUCUUUGGGUGUGGUAUAAAUAAGAAAGUGUAAGAAAUUAUGUUCUAUAAAGGCAGUGUUAACAUAGUUUUAAAACAUUAAAAAUGUAAAUUAAAAGUG